AUGAGUAAUGAUAUUCAAUCAAAUCGUAUUGAGGAUACUAUAAGCGAAUCGGAUACGGCGCAGUUAUUGAGUAAUGAAGAAGCAAGCACGUCUAAUUAUACACAGUUAAAUAGAUCUGUAUAUUUUGAGCAAUCUGAUGAAGACGAACUGACUGGAAGCCAUGGAAUCAGACGUAGACAACCGGUGCAAAAAUUUAAACCUGGUUCUAUGAAUAUAUUAUCAGCUAAAUAUGAAAGUUUGGACUAUGAUACCUGUGAAAAUCAUUUGCUUCUUGACGAAGAACGCAAGAGGGGUUAUGCUUUUAUAAUUUGGAAGGAUAUAGCUCGCUGGUUUGUUAUCCUGCAGAUAGGAGUUGUGACAGCACUCAUAGCUUUCAUAAUUGACAUUUGCAUAGAAGAAUUCUCUGGAAUAAAGUAUAAACAGCUUAAAAAAUCUGUGGAUAUAUUUGUUCUAGAAGACAAAUUGUACAUACCAUACCUAUUGUGGGUGUUAUCAAACAUAUGUAUUGUAUUUUUUGGUUCAGUGCUGGUGGCAUAUAUUGAGCCGGUGGCAGCAGGGAGUGGAAUACCACAAGUAAAAUGCUACUUGAAUGGCGUAAAAGUGCCAAGGGUAGUACGAAUCAAGACACUGGUUGUAAAGGCUGUUGGCGUCAUUACAGCUGUGGUUGGUGGGUUAGCCGGAGGAAAGGAAGGUCCUAUGAUACACAGCGGGGCUGUGGUAGCCGCAGGGAUAUCACAAGGAAAGAGUACAACGUUCAAUAAAGAUUUUAAAAUAUUUCAUUACUUCCGUGAAGACCACGAGAAGCGCGAUUUUGUUUCCGCUGGUGCGGCUGCUGGUGUAUCUGCAGCUUUCGGAGCCCCAAUAGGUGGCGUUUUAUUUUCACUGGAAGAGGGCACGAGUUUCUGGAAUCAAGCCUUAACAUGGCGAACUUUCUUUGGAACUGUGGUAUCCACUUUCACUUUGAAUUUUGCUUUAUCUGCCUAUCACGGACACCCAGGAGAGUUAAGUUAUCCAGGUUUAUUAAACUUGGGGAAGAUGGAACCUUUCCCAUUCCAAUUCUACGAGCUGCCCGUUUUCAUGCUUUUCGGCGCCGUCGGAGGUCUCCUGGGGGCCUUGUGGAACUACAUCAAUUACAAACUUGCUGUAUUUAGAAUUAGGUAUGUGAGCGCGCCGUGGUUGCGCGUGGUGGAGGCUUGCCUGGUGGCGGCAACCACCGCCACCUGCGGCUUCCUCAUGAUGUUCCUACUAAACGAUUGCCGCCCGCUCGGGGAGGAUCCCACUAAGAAUCCACUACAGCUAUUCUGUGCGGAUGGCGAAUACAAUGCGUUAGCAGCAAUAUGGUUCCAAACGCCCGAAGCCUCGGUGCGCUCGUUCUUACAUGAUCCAAUUGGCUCUUACAAACCUAGCUCGCUGCUCUUGUUCAUAGUGUGCUACUAUUUAUUGUCUACGUGGACAUUCGGCUUGGCCGUGUCCAGUGGACUGUUCAUACCUAAUCUGUUGACGGGAGCUGCUUGGGGGAGGCUGUUGGCGGUUUUAAUUCAAUACAUGCUGCCCAAUAAUACCAUCAACCCAGGAAAAUAUGCUUUGGUGGGAGCUGCAGCGCAACUCGGAGGGGUUGUCCGUAUGACCAUAUCAUUGACGGUCAUCAUCAUAGAGACAACAGGCCAAAUAUCAAAUGCGUUGCCGAUUAUUAUAACUUUGGUGGUCGCCAAAUGGACGGGUGACUUCUUCAAUGAGGGCAUCUACGACAUCCACAUCCAGCUGGCGGGUGUGCCGCUGCUGGGCUGGGAUCCACCGCCGCUGACGCACACGGUGUACGCGUCCGAGGUGAUGUCGCACCCGGUGUUCACGCUGCGCACCGUCGAGAACGUCGGUCACGUGCUCGAGUUGCUGCGCCUCGUCUCCUACAACGGCUUCCCCGUCGUCGAUCCGCCGCUCUCCGACGAAGUCGAAGUGACAACUUACAAACGUCUAAGAGGUCUGAUACUGCGUUCACAACUGAUAGUGCUCCUUCAAAACAAAAUAUACAACGAGAAUGCUAAUACAACUUGGUCAAAUUUAAACGUGGACAUGCAAAUGUUCCGAAAUGAAUAUCCACGGUUUCCUUCUAUUGAUGAGCUGGUGAUAGAGGAAUGGGAGAAAUCCUGUACUAUAGAUCUGCGGCCUUUCAUGAACCCAUCUCCUUACACAUUGCCGCAUCGUGCUUCUUUGCCCCGUCUAUUCAGAUUGUUUAGAGCUUUAGGAUUGCGGCAUCUGCCAAUUGUAAAUGAUGUUAAUGAGGUUGUUGGCAUGGUAACCCGUAAAGACAUAGCCCGGUACCGAGUUUGGAGGCACCGGGGUCAUAUGGGAAUGGAAGAACUAUUGUUAUCUAGUGAAAUUUAA